AUGCCUGUUCCUCGGUCAUCCAGACGUGCGGUGACACCCAACGACCUCAAGGCUAUCCGCGAUUUUCUGGAGUUCUCGCAUUAUGCACCACAAGACAAGGCCAUGCUCUGGGCAGCAGUACUCACAGCUUUCCACGGGCUCAUGCGUGUGAGCGAGUACACGGCGCCAUCACCAACAACGGUGGAUGCUCACAGGACUCUUCAGAGGAGCCAUGUCGCCCUCUCGGAGGAGAAGGUCACGAUCACCCUAGGGGUAACGAAGACGGCACAGUUGGGCGCUGGUGGCACAGUGUUACUGCACGCAAGCAGCUAUCCCGCAACCUGCCCUGUGCGUUCAGUCGCUGCCUACAUAAGUGCUAGGGAGUGGGCGGAUACAGGUGCCCCAUUCUUUGCCUUCCACGAGGGGCGCCACCUAACCCUAAGUGACGUGAACGCUAUUCUCAAGAGGGCUCUCGGCCCAGGCGUUUUAAGCCAUUCUCUGCGGAUCGGUGGUGCUAUGGCCAUGGCCGAACGACAGGCCCCAGAGUGGCAAAUUCAAGCGGCAGGGCGCUGGUCAAGCUCAGUGUACAAGGCGUACGUCCGUGUCCCGUCAGGCAUGCCAGCUUAUCAGCAGACAGAGCUAGCGUAG